AGAAAGCGUGCCACUUCAGGACGUGUGGCUGCACUCUGUGGGGCUCAGGGGGCGCGCGGGCUGUACCCACGGGCGGCUGAGGGCACGUGCGGGUGACAUCUGUUCCGGUUGGACCAAGGGAACGGGAGCCAGAGAGGCCAGAGCUCUCCCCCAUUAGCUUUGCCAUCGCAUCGGACUUGCAGCUUCACUAGGCCACUUCCAGCCAUGAAGCUCCUUUUGCUGACUCUGGCCGCACUGCUCCUCUUGUCCCAGCUCACUCCAGGUAGCACUCGAAAAUGCUGGAAUCGUCAUGGCAAAUGCCGCCAGAAAUGUUUCAGGAAGGAAAGGGUCUAUGUUUACUGCACAAAUAAUAAAAUGUGCUGUGUGAAGCCCAAGUACCAGCCAAAAAACCUUCCAUGGAAAGCUUAAGUUCCUUGAAACCUGAAGUCAUCAAAAGGCAGGUGAAGCUACGCUGAGUCUGACCACAGUGGAUUCUCAAUCUCUGUCAAUAAACACUUCUGGCUGACCCCUAUGUUUGCCUGUUAGUCUAUCCAGCGGUUCUCAGGAAGUCCUCU